CGCGGGGCCAGGCGCUUGCGGGGCCAGCUCGGCUGGUAUGACCGCGUCCUCCGCGGCGGGCGUUUGGGUAAGAGUAACAACAGAAGUCUUGGAGACUUGGCCAGGAAUUGUGUCUACUGCCGGGUCCUUAGAGAAAGGAAAUGAUGUCUGAAACCAAGCUGCAGGGCGAGAUGAAGCCAGAAGGAGGGAGCAGUGAGCCAUUGACAACCCAGGAGCUUCUUCAGCGACUCCGGGAGCUCGAGGCGGAGAAUUUGGCUCUGGCACAAGCCAAUGAGAACCAGCGAGAGACGUACGAGCGCUGCCUGGAUGAGGUAGCCAAUCAUGUGGUGCAGGCGCUGUUAAACCAAAAGGACCUUCGUGAGGAAUGCAUCAAGCUGAAAAAACGGGUCUUUGAUCUCGAGCGACAAAACCAGGCCCUCAGUGACCUCUUUCACCAGAAGCUGACCUCUGGCUCUCUCUCCCAGCUCCCAGCUCACCCUGCUUCCUUGCUCUCGGAUGCGUCCUCCAGCUCCCAGCCAGGCGCGGUAGAGAAGCUCCCAGCUGCCUUUCCUCUGGGGCGCUGCAUCUUGCAGAGAGAGGUCAUCUCAGAGGAGCAGUAUGUUGGCACUCCUGGGUCCAGCCCCCAGGCCCUGGAGGCUCUGUCCCCGUUCCUGCGCAAGAAGGCCCAAAUCCUGGAAGUGCUUCGCUCCCUGGAAGAAAUGGACCCCCUGCUGGCCUUUCCCUCCCCGUGGAGAGACCCCAGGCAGCCUGGCUCCCCAGAAGGGGUGACCGCUGAAGCCUGGCCAUGCCUGCUUUUGGCUCAGGGGGAAGGCGUGCCCAGGCAGCCUCCGCUGAAGGGGGAGGGCAGCUCCUCCUCCUCCUCGGAUGAGGCCGGUGAAGCUGAUCCCCUGGAGAAAGGCCACCCCAGGCAGGCGCUGCUGAGCACUCUGGCCGAGCACAAGCUGGGCUUGGGGGACGUGGAGACGUACCUGCAGCAUGUCCUGAGGGAGGCAGGUGACAGCGCCCUGCUGAACGGGGAGCCCGGGGCCCCCUGCCUGAUGGACGGCUCAGAGGGCCGGGUCAGCAGCUACAAGCACAUCCAGGCGGUCAGUUGCCUGGAGGCCCUGGGCCCCCCCUCCACCUGCAGGGAGCCGGCUUACCUCGGGGUGCUAGUGCCAGACGAGGGCAAGGACCAGGGGCGGCCAGGCCCGCCCAUCCCCUCUCCUUCCAAGGUGCUCAAGUUGCUGAAGAUGCCGCCGCCCCCCAGCCCGGCUGCCCUGCGCCUCAGCCCCCAGCUCACUCGCAGCUCCAAAAUCCCAUGCCGUAGCAACACGUACGAGGUGUACCACUCUCCCACGCCCAGCCGCAAGGGCUCCCCUGACAGCCCCUUCCCCUCCGACUCCAGCCUCGCAGGGGGGCAUCCCUCCCCCAAGGCGGGGCGGCACCUCGUCCCUUUGCCCCCCAAAGUCACGCCCACCUCCCCAGAUCCAUUUGGCUACCACAAGCCCCACGACUACGAGAACAUCUUGGAGCUGUCCCUCAGCAGUGCUGUGGGCUCUCAUGCCCACUCCCCCCGAGACACCAAGCUGGACGUGCCUGAAGCGCUGCCGUCCGCCUGCCGCUCAGCCCCUCUUCGGGCCGGCCCGGCCAGCGAGGUCUCCCUGGAGCCCUGCCCUUUUGUGGGUGGCCAGGAAAAGCCAGGCCCCGAGAGCAGGCACUCUCCGCCUCUCGCUCGCCGCAACCCCAACGGCUCCAAGAGAGUUGCCAACGGCCCGAGCAAGCGGACACCUGAGGUGGCCAACAUGCCCUUCAAAGAACGGCUGACCGUGCUGGGGAGGCUGAAGGGAACUGAGGGGAAGGAGUCGGUCAGCUUUGAGAAGGGGAGGGCUCCUGCCCACCCCUGCGAGCGUGUUGAGGGCCUGGCUGAGGCCCACCCCAGGCUGGGCACUGGGAGCAGUAGCCUCAAGCACCACGAGCCGUGCCACGGGGGCGAGCCGGCACCUCGGUGCUACUCCUCUCACUCUGUCGGCUCUCGUGGGAAUGACCCCGAGCACCACGUCUCCAAGAGCCGUCUGCUGGGGACGCCGGCUACAAGGAAUCCCGCCAAGCCCCCGCCGCCCGGGAAGAACGCCAAAAGCCCUCACGGGAGUCCCACCAAGCUACCUUCCAAAUCCCCCACUAAGCCCUCGGCACAGGAGCCCAAGCCGUGCCCCCCGCCGGCCAAACCCCCUGCUAGCAUGGGACGCAAGAACCCGCCUUGCCCCGAGCCCACCAAGGGCAAAGCAGGGCCUCCAGCCAGCAUUGAAGAGAAGGUGAUGAAAGGCAUUGAGGAGAACGUCCUGCGGAGGCACAAAGGGGGCCCGGGGGCUGGCGAGGCAAAGCAGAAGAACUCGAGCGGCCUAGCCAGCUGGUUCGGCCUGCGCAAGAGCAAGCUGCCCGCCCUCAGCCGGAGGCCGGAGGCCCCCAAAGCCAAGGAGGGCAAGCUGGUCUCGCGCAGAAUGGAGGCCGAGAGCCUCAACAUCUCCAAGCUUAUGGAGAAGGCGGAGGACCUGCGCAAAGCGCUGGAGGAGGAGAAGGCCUACAUCAACGGGUUGGCUCUGGACAAGCCCCGGCCCCACGCUUGUGACGCCGGCCACAGCCAGCUCACCCUCAUGUACCAGGAGGUGACGGCCGAGAACUUCAUGCAGCAGCUGCUCAACCGGGUGGAUGGGAAAGAGGCCCCCUUCGAGACACACCUGGAGCAGAAGAACGAGCUGCAGGGCCUGCAGCGAGGCCUGCGCGAAGCCAAAGACCCCCGCCUAAUCCGGCCUCCACGCAACGGCAUCGUGGGCCACCUCCAUGCUUGUCCGGAGGCCCCCGCCAAGCUUCGUGAUGCCACUUUGCAGGAGGAGAUCCCGUCCGACGACAGCCUGGCCGAGUCGGUGACCUCCCAGCACUUCGUGGUGUGCAGCUCCCUGACGCGGACUCUGGACAGUGGCAUUGGCACCUUCCCACCGCCCGACUACUGCAGCGGGACGCCCUGUAAGAGCGUGCCUAAGCUGAGGCCGAGACUUGACCCUCCACCAGCUGGCCCUUUCCCAGCUCGGGGCCCCCCGCCUGUCACCCGGGUGCCCCGCAAAGCCCGGACGCUGGAGCGGGAGGUGCCCAACCCAGAGGACCUGCUGGGGCCCAGCAAGCACCAAAGCAUGCCAGCCUUCCACGGCAUCUUAACCAGCGCGGAGCCGUCCCCCGGGCAUCGCAUUCGCAGGGGCUGCCCGGAAGAUCUCUGCAGUGAACCCAGCAAGCCGCGACAUGCCCAGCAGAGCAAGAACUGGACUUUUCCCAAUGCCAAAGCAUCUGCUGGUACCGAUCCCUUCCUCUGUUCCCCUCAUGGGCUGGAGGGGCUUCAUGGUUCUGCAAUGGGCUCAUCCUGCAGCGUCGUCGAAAGGAGACGGGCCUCGUCAGAAGGGCCUCAGGCCUCGCCAGCUUUCAGCACCAGCAGCAGCCGCACCCCCAGCGCUUCCGAUGUGGGUGAGGAGGGCAGCACGGAGGCCCGCUCCAGGGAUAUGGGUCCGGAAGGACAGCCGGGCCUGGAGAACUCGGAGUCCCUGAGUGACUCUCUUUACGACAGCUUGUCCUCCUGCGGCAGCCAGGGCUGAGCGGGGCUGGGGGUGGGGCGGGGUGGGCUGGGGUGGGGUGGGAGGCCACCGGCUUCCUUGGCCACCACCUGCUCCUGCCCGGUGCUCCAAAGUGCCCAGCCCUUGCCUGCAGGAUCCUUGCUUGAUUCUCCCAAACCAAAUCAUGGCCCUGCACCAGAACACGAUGCGUCUUCCACACCCAGCGCUCCUGCCUGUCCCCAAGCAGGGAAACGGGACUUCUGAACUGGGGGCACCAGGAGACUGUGACUGUCGAGA